CCCUCCUCUUACGGAGCUUCUCAUUUCCACGUGCGAGUGUGAGCGAAGGCUUCGCCGUCGUAUUUCUGCACAGCCCGGAUUGACUUGCACUCCCCAAAAAGCAAAAUGUGGCUCUCGCGCGGAUGCGUCAAGGCGGCCACGUCGUCGGUCGCGGCGGCCGCCCGGAGGAGGGAGAGCCACGCGGCGGCGUUCAUGCGGGAGGCUGCGGACUUCCAGGGCGUGCGGGACCGCGCGGGGCUGCAGGAGUUCUCCGUCGCCCACAAGGAGCGCUUCUGGGCGGCCGUGGCGCGCCGCCGGCUCGACUGGAUCAGCCCGUUCCGCGGCGUCCUCGACUGCGACAUGCAGCGGGGCAAGGUGAGCUGGUUCGAGGGAGGACGGCUGAACGUCUCCGCGAAUUGCCUGGACCGCCAUGCACGCAGCAGCCCGGAGAAGGUGGCCCUCAUCUGGGAGAGGGAUGAACCCGGAUCCGAGGUCAAGGUCACUUACAGGCAACUUCUGGAGAUGACCUGCCGCACGGGCAACCUGUUGAGACGGCGUGGCGUGAAGAAGGGCCACUGCGUUACCAUCUACAUGCCACCGUGCCCGCUCGCUGUGGCAUCCAUGCUGGCCUGCGCUCGCGUCGGCGCCGCGCACAACGUGGUGUUCGCGGGCUUCAGCGCGGAGGCCCUCGCCGAGCGAAUCAGAGACGCCCGGUCCAGUACGGUGAUCACCGUCAACGAGAGCGUGAGAGGCGGCAAGGUGACCCGGCUGAAGGCCACGGUGGACGAGGCGGUGCGCAGCUGCCCGACGGUGAGCCAGGUUUUUGUCGCCAUGAGGACGGACGCGCCGGUCGCUAUGACGCCCAAGGACGUCGCCAUGGAAGAGGAGAUGAUGACGGAGGACGCCGCGUGCGAGCCGGCCGCCAUGGACAGCGAGGACGUCCUGUUCCUGCUCUACACGUCGGGCAGCACUGGGAAACCCAAAGGUCUGGUCCACACGCAGGCCGGAUACCUGCUGUAUACCGCGCUCACGCACAGGUACGUCUUUGACUACCGAGACGGAGACGUGUUUGGCUGCGUGGCGGACAUCGGUUGGAUCACAGGACACAGUUACGCCGUGUACGGACCCCUGGCCAACGGGGGCACCACCGUCCUGUUUGAGAGCACACCCAUUUAUCCCGACCCAGGAAGGUACUGGGAGAUGGUGGAGAGGCUGAAAAUCAACCAGUUUUACGGCGCCCCGACGGCCAUCCGCCUGCUGCUCAAGUACGGCGACGAGUGGGUGCGCAAGUACGACCGCUCCAGUCUCAGGACGCUUGGUUCCGUGGGCGAGCCCAUCAACACGGAGGCGUGGGAGUGGUACCACGACGUGGUGGGAGAGCGACGCUGUCCCGUGGUGGACACCUGGUGGCAAACAGAGACGGGCGGCAUCUGCAUCGCCCCGAGGCCGUCGGAGCCGCACGCAGAGAUUGUCCCGGGGAUGGCCAUGAGACCUUUCUUUGGCAUUAAGCCAGUGCUCAUGGAUGGCCAGGGCGAAGCGGUGACGUCCGACGACGCCUCGGGAGCGCUGUGCCUGGCUCAUCCGUGGCCCGGCAUGGCCCGGAGCAUCCACGGCGACCACCAGAGAUUUGUUGACACCUACUUCAAGAUGUACCCCGGUUACUUCUUCACCGGGGACGGCGCCCAUCGCUCCAAGGAGGGCUACUACCAGAUCACGGGGCGCCUCGACGAUGUCAUCAACGUCAGCGGACACAGGAUUGGCACGGCCGAGAUCGAAGAUGUGGUGAACCAAUGCUCUGCGGUGGCGGAGUCGGCUGUCGUUGGCUGCUCACAUCACAUCAAGGGCCAAGGCGUGUACGCAUUUGUGGUGCUCAAGCAGGACGCCCACGAAGCGGACCUCAGCUCGCAGAUCGACGACGCCGUGUCCAACAAGAUCGCCAAGUACGCCUGCCCCGACCGCAUCCAGUUUGUGCAGCGGCUGCCAAAGACGCGCUCGGGCAAGAUCAUGCGUCGGGUUCUGCGCAAGGUGGUGGAGCGCGACCUGAGCGGCCUGGGCGACCUCAGCACGCUGGACGACCCCGCCGCCGUGGAGGAGAUCAUCCGAGGUCACCGCGACCUCUGCGGCGAGAGCAGCCAUCGAGAGCAAAAGUGAAGAUUUUGAAGGACUUCUAUUUUUAUUCAAUUGUUUGACUUGCUUUGAUGGAAUCGGUGGAGUCCAACAAACAAACAUUGCAACGUUGAACAAUCCACUUUCGACUCACCGGAGGCGCUUUUAUUGAUGAUUUGUUUGAAUGGAGCUCAUUUAAUAGUCGAAUAAGAAUGGGCCGAACUGAAUGACAAAAAAAAACCAAAAACAAAGAAAACACCGCUGCACCAACCAACUCUUAACGCAAUUUUUUUUGGUGUAAUCCUCUAACUAAGCAACAGACGAACGAACCUUAAAUGGAGUCACUUUGUUCAAAUGUCCGUGGAACGUCGGAGAUAGGAAGCGCAAGACAGGAAGCGGGCCGCCGAGGCGUGUCUCGGUCACGCGACGGCGUCGUCUCUGACACUCCCGCCGCGGCCUUUUAUUCGGCUCAGCUCCCAGCGGCCGCCGCCGCACAGUUUCAGCUGGACGUCGUGGUGCUGGCGGGAACCAAACGGAGACGAACGUUAGCGCCAAAAGGCCACGUCGUUAGGGACACCCGCACAAACGACCCGAGCGCAAAAAUAAACGUCAUUAAAUGUUCACAAACAUGCAUUUAACAAUGUCGACAUUAUGGGACACAAUGUUUCAGAGUUGAUUUUAUAUAUAUAUAUAUAUAUAUAUACACACAUGCGACUGACGUAAAAUUGGGGAUAUUGGGCUGAACCUUUCCAGAUGAACAUGUUUCUCCUGCACAUCCGACGGUAUAAUCAAGUUUGGGCACGUUUUGCACUACUUUGCGUUUGCCAACAAGGAGCUGCACUCAGAACUGCACUUUGAGCCAUGAAAACAUCCAAGGAUGUCCACUUACACACCUUUCAGUGACUCUUCCAGUCUCUCGAUCUUGAUUCCAGCCAGCCAACCGCUGAGACGCACAACCUCUGACCUCAUUCGAGGUUAAUCGUGAAAUUUCACCCAAAGGCUGAAUACCCACGUUUUGUCAGUAAUCAGUAUAAUAACUGUUAACACUUAUUUUUAGACUUCAUUUUUUAAAUUGAAUUAAUACAAACACUAUUACGAAUUCAAUGAUAAUAAUUAAAGAUCUAAACUAAGGUUAGGCAUUCAAAGUUGGGUUAGGGUUUCAUAUUAGGAUGUCAUGACAGGAUUAGGGUUUCAAAAGGGGGUUAGGUUUCAAAACAGGGUUAGGGUUUCAAAUUAUGGUUAAGGUUUCACAUUAAGGUUUCAAAAAGGGGUUUGGGUUUAAAGGUUGGGUUUCAAAAUGGGGUUACGGUUUCAAAAUGGAGUUAGGGUUUCAAAAUUGGGUUUAAGAUUAGGGUUUCAAAACGUGGUAAGGGUUUUAAACUAGGGUUUUAAUAUGGGGUUAGGGUUUCCAAUUAGGGUUUGAAAACGGGGUUAGGGUUUCAAAGUUUUCAAGUCAGGGUUAAUAAUAAUGUAUUUUUCUAUUUAUAAAUGUUUGUCAACUUCAACGACAUAAAUGCAAUGAAUGCAUUCCUUAUAACUACAUUGAAAGUCCAUUACAUUAUUCUCAAAACGACGCAAGCGUAACAAUGCAGCGCGACAAGACAAGCUCCUCCCUCGGCGGAGGUCGUCGAAUCAAAGCGGACCUUCUCCAAGCUCUUGCGGUGUCCCACGCUGACCACAGUCAUCCCCAGCUGCUUGCACGUGCGAUACAGCUGAGACUCCGCCUCCUCCGUCAAGGCGCUGGUGGCCUCGUCCAACACUGUCACGGGCAGGCCGCACUCAUUUGACUUUUUCUUUCAAUUUAUUUUCUUUGGUUUUUGUCUCAGCGGACUUAACGCACCCGCGUAUUUGGGCUGCAGGUAGAAGAGUCGAGCGAAACAAAGACGCUGCAUCUCGCCCGGGGACAGAACGUCGUACCUGCGCACACGACAAACUCAAUCGAGAUUUUCGUGCAGAAUUACAGCGCAGCCCUGUUGAAAGAUGCCCGCGAUAGAUGAAAAGAACAUUUGUUUUAUUUAGUUGUGCCCCUCCCGCAAGUUUUGAACACAUCUAAACUUAUUGAAACACUUCAUUUGAUUAAAACACAUUACAGACGAUUACAUAAUCAUUGCCUUGUUAGCAUUAGCCAUGACUUGUUUGUAAGUAUGCGGUAAAAAGCCAUCAAGAAACGAUAUAGCGAUAAACACUGUACAGCGAAAAAUGCAGAAAAAUCAAUGUAGCGCUUUUACCAGUUCCAGUCCACUAAUUCAUCCAGCCCGCCAGUCCGCUUCACCAGACUUGACUGCAACGAGACGGAAAGGCAGGAGACAACGUUUGACGACGAGCACAGAACAGGAAACGGAACUUGUUCUGUCCUGGCGGCUCAGAACAAGAUGGCUAAAAUAACCACAAGGUGCGAGCGGGAACAAAAGAUUACCAAUGGAAUGUCACCCAGAAAGUUGCUUUUCUUGUCCAGGGACUCAGCUCCUUGGCUGACGCUUUUUAACACGAUGAUGUUCACGUGAAUUUUUUAAAUUGAAAUCAGCACAUAUGUUUGCAAUAUUUUUGGUCGCUCUCUACAAAAUGUAAAAAAUAUCUACAAUGACAAAGAACAUUUUCAACAAAUCCCGGGCUGACUGCUUUUUAACGUUUUCAUCGAAUCUGUUCUUCUUUUAAAUUAAAAAACAUUUCUAUUUCUUAAAAUAACUCAUUUAAUCGAAAGCUUUUUCUCGAGAAAAAAUAUCAUAAAAAACAAUUUGAAACAUUUUGAUUUCUUCAACAACGCGGCAGACUAAAUGUUUUCAUUUAAGUUUUGAAAAUGGAAAGGAAAAACUCAAAA